GGAGGCCAUUGGCUGGCCUUUGCGCACAGCGUAUCGAUUUUCCAGGUGCGGAGUUCACUCUUGCCGCGGUUGCUUCCUUUGGGACCCACGGCGUCCGGCAGCCAGGCGCAGAGUCCGAGGAGGGGGCAGCGCAGAGCGGACCCGACGCGGCGCCGCCGGGCACCUUCCCCGCAGGCGGUGGGUGAGCCCUGGGAGCUGAGUCUGCGGCCCGGCUCUGCGCAGCUCACCUGCCCUCCCGCUCCCGCACACGCGUGAGAUCCCAGUACAGCGUCGGAGCGCACCAGCGCGAGGUGGCCGAGACCGCGGAGAAGGACGGGCCUCCGCCCUGCGGCGCCGGCACGGCAGAGGACACUGUGGCACUGGCACGGUGACCUUUUGCUCUGAGCCAGAUCAGAGAAGAAUUCGGUGUCCGUGCGGGACGAUGCCUGAGCAGGAGAGACAGAUCACAGCCAGAGAAGGGGCCAGUCGGAAAAUCUUAUCUAAGCUUUCUUUGCCUACCCGUGCCUGGGAACCAGCAAUGAAGAAGAGUUUUGCUUUUGACAAUGUUGGCUAUGAAGGUGGUCUGGAUGGCCUGGGCCCUUCUUCUCAGGUGGCCACCAGCACAGUCAGGAUCUUGGGCAUGACUUGCCAGUCAUGUGUGAAGUCCAUUGAGGACAGGAUUUCCAAUUUGAAAGGCAUCGUCAGCAUGAAGGUUUCCCUGGAACAAGGCAGUGCCACUGUGAAAUAUGUGCCAUCGGUUGUGUGCCUGCAACAGGUUUGCCAUCAAAUUGGGGACAUGGGCUUCGAGGCCAGCAUUGCAGAAGGAAAGGCAGCCUCCUGGCCCUCAAGGUCCUUGCCUGCCCAGGAGGCUGUGGUCAAGCUCCGGGUGGAGGGCAUGACCUGCCAGUCCUGUGUCAGCUCCAUUGAAAGCAAGGUCCGGAAACUGCAAGGAGUAGUGAGAGUCAAAGUCUCACUCAGCAACCAAGAGGCCGUCAUCACUUAUCAGCCUUAUCUCAUUCAGCCCGAAGACCUCAGGGACCAUGUAAAUGACAUGGGAUUUGAAGCUGCCAUCAAGAACAAAGUGGCUCCCUUAAGCCUGGGACCAAUUGAUAUUGAGCGGUUACAAAGCACUAACCCAAAGAGACCUUUAUCUUCUGCUAACCAGAAUUUUAAUAAUUCUGAGACCUUGGGGCACCAAGGAAGCCAUGUGGUCACCCUCCAACUGAGAAUAGAUGGAAUGCAUUGUAAGUCUUGCAUCUUGAAUAUUGAAGAAAAUAUUGGCCAGCUCCUAGGGGUUCAAAGUAUUCAAGUGUCCUUGGAGAACAAAACUGCCCAAGUACAGUAUGACCCUUCUUGUACCAGCCCAGUGGCUCUGCAGAGGGCUAUCGAGGCACUUCCACCUGGGAACUUUAAAGUUUCUCUUCCUGAUGGAGCCGAAGGGAGUGGGACAGAUCACAGGUCUUCCAGUUCUCAUUCCCCUGGCUCCCCCCCGAGAAACCAGGUCCAGGGCACAUGCAGUACCACUCUGAUUGCCAUUGCCGGCAUGACCUGUGCAUCCUGUGUCCAUUCCAUUGAAGGCAUGAUCUCCCAACUGGAAGGGGUGCAGCAAAUAUCAGUGUCUUUGGCCGAAGGGACUGCAACAGUUCUUUAUAAUCCCUCUGUAAUUAGCCCAGAAGAACUCAGAGCUGCUAUAGAAGACAUGGGAUUUGAGGCUUCAGUCGUUUCUGAAAGCUGUUCUACUAACCCUCUUGGAAAUCACAGUGCUGGGAAUUCCAUGGUGCAAACUACAGGUGGUACACCUACAUCUGUGCAGGAAGUGGCUCCCCACGCUGGGAGGCUCCCUGCAAACCAUGCCCCAGACAUCUUGGCAAAGUCCCCACAAUCAACCAGAGCAGUGGCACCGCAGAAGUGCUUCUUACAGAUCAAAGGCAUGACCUGUGCAUCCUGUGUGUCUAACAUAGAAAGGAAUCUGCAGAAAGAAGCUGGUGUUCUCUCCGUGUUGGUUGCCUUGAUGGCAGGAAAGGCAGAGGUCAAGUAUGACCCAGAGGUCAUCCAGCCACUCGAGAUAGCUCAGUUCAUCCAGGACCUGGGCUUUGAGGCAGCAGUCAUGGAGGACUACGCAGGCUCCGAUGGCAACAUUGAGCUGACGAUCACAGGGAUGACCUGCGCGUCCUGUGUCCACAACAUAGAGUCCAAACUCACGAGGACAAAUGGCAUCACUUAUGCCUCCGUUGCCCUUGCCACCAGCAAAGCCCUUGUUAAGUUUGACCCAGAAAUUAUCGGUCCACGGGAUAUUAUCAAAAUUAUUGAGGAAAUUGGCUUUCAUGCUUCCCUGGCCCAGAGAAACCCCAACGCUCGUCACUUGGACCACAAGAUGGAAAUAAAGCAGUGGAAGAAGUCUUUCCUGUGCAGCCUGGUGUUUGGCAUCCCUGUCAUGGCCUUAAUGAUCUAUAUGCUGAUACCCAGCAAUGAGCCCCACCAGUCCAUGGUCCUGGACCACAACAUCAUUCCAGGACUGUCCAUUCUAAAUCUCAUCUUCUUUAUCUUGUGUACCUUUGUCCAGCUCCUCGGUGGGUGGUACUUCUACGUUCAGGCCUACAAAUCUCUGAGACACAGGUCAGCCAACAUGGACGUGCUCAUCGUCCUGGCCACAAGCAUUGCUUAUGUUUAUUCUCUGGUCAUCCUGGUGGUUGCUGUGGCUGAGAAGGCGGAGAGGAGCCCUGUGACAUUCUUCGACACGCCCCCCAUGCUCUUCGUGUUCAUUGCCCUGGGCCGGUGGCUGGAACACUUGGCAAAGAGCAAAACCUCAGAAGCCCUGGCUAAACUCAUGUCUCUCCAAGCCACAGAAGCCACCGUUGUGACCCUUGGUGAGGACAAUUUAAUCAUCAGGGAGGAGCAAGUCCCCAUGGAGCUGGUGCAGCGGGGCGAUAUCGUCAAGGUGGUCCCUGGGGGAAAGUUUCCAGUGGAUGGGAAAGUCCUGGAAGGCAAUACCAUGGCUGAUGAGUCCCUCAUCACAGGAGAAGCCAUGCCAGUCACUAAGAAACCUGGAAGCACUGUAAUUGCGGGGUCUAUAAAUGCACAUGGCUCUGUGCUCAUUAAAGCUACCCACGUGGGCAAUGACACCACUUUGGCUCAGAUUGUGAAACUGGUGGAAGAGGCUCAGAUGUCAAAGGCACCCAUUCAGCAGCUGGCUGACCGGUUUAGUGGAUAUUUUGUCCCAUUUAUCAUCAUCAUGUCAACUUUGACGUUGGUGGUAUGGAUUGUAAUCGGUUUUAUCGAUUUUGGUGUUGUUCAGAAAUACUUUCCUAACCCCAACAAGCACAUCUCCCAGACAGAGGUGAUCAUCCGGUUUGCUUUCCAGACGUCCAUCACGGUGCUGUGCAUUGCCUGCCCCUGCUCCCUGGGGCUGGCCACGCCCACGGCUGUCAUGGUGGGCACCGGGGUGGCCGCACAGAAUGGCAUCCUCAUCAAGGGAGGCAAGCCCCUGGAGAUGGCGCACAAGAUAAAGACUGUGAUGUUUGACAAGACUGGCACCAUUACCCAUGGCGUCCCCAGGGUCAUGCGGGUGCUCCUGCUGGGGGAUGUGGCCACACUGCCCCUCAGGAAGGUUCUGGCUGUGGUGGGGACUGCGGAGGCCAGCAGUGAACACCCCUUGGGCGUGGCAGUCACCAAAUACUGUAAAGAGGAACUUGGAACAGAGACCUUGGGAUACUGCACGGACUUCCAGGCAGUGCCAGGCUGUGGAAUUGGGUGCAAAGUCAGCAACGUGGAAGGCAUCCUGGCCCACAGUGAGCGCCCUUUGAGGGCACUGGCCAGUCACCUGAAUGAGGCUGGCAGCCUUCCCGCAGAAAAAGAUGCAGCCCCCCAGACCUUCUCUGUGCUGAUUGGAAACCGUGAGUGGCUGAGGCGCAACGGUUUAACCAUUUCUAGCGACGUCAGUGACGCUAUGACAGACCACGAGAUGAAAGGACAGACAGCCAUCCUGGUGGCUAUUGACGGUGUGCUCUGUGGGAUGAUCGCUAUUGCAGAUGCUGUCAAGCAGGAGGCUGCCCUGGCUGUGCACACGCUGCAAAGCAUGGGUGUGGACGUGGUUCUGAUCACGGGGGACAACCGGAAGACAGCCAGAGCCAUUGCCACCCAGGUUGGCAUCAACAAAGUCUUUGCAGAGGUGCUGCCUUCGCACAAGGUGGCCAAGGUCCAGGAGCUCCAGAAUAAAGGGAAGAAAGUCGCCAUGGUGGGGGAUGGGGUCAAUGACUCCCCAGCCUUGGCCCAGGCAGACAUGGGUGUUGCCAUUGGCACCGGCACGGAUGUGGCCAUCGAGGCAGCCGACGUCGUCCUUAUCAGAAAUGAUUUGCUGGACGUGGUGGCUAGCAUUCACCUUUCCAAGAGGACUGUCCGAAGGAUACGCAUCAACCUGGUCCUGGCACUGAUUUAUAACCUGGUUGGGAUACCCAUUGCAGCAGGUGUCUUCAUGCCCAUCGGCAUUGUGCUGCAGCCCUGGAUGGGCUCAGCGGCCAUGGCAGCCUCCUCUGUGUCUGUGGUGCUCUCAUCCCUGCAGCUCAAGUGCUAUAAGAAGCCUGACCUGGAGAGGUAUGAGGCACAGGCGCAUGGCCACAUGAAGCCCCUGACGGCAUCGCAGGUCAGUGUGCACAUAGGCAUGGAUGACAGGCGGAGGGACUCCCCCAGGGCCACACCAUGGGACCAGGUCAGCUAUGUCAGCCAGGUGUCGCUGUCCUCCCUGACGUCCGACAAGCCAUCUCGGCACAGCGCUGCAGCAGACGAUGGUGGGGACAAGUGGUCUCUGCUCCUGAAUGGCAGGGAUGAGGAGCAGUACAUCUGAUGACUUCAGGCAGGCGGACCGGGGCAGGGACUUGCCUCCACUCACCACAAGCUGAGCAGGACAGCCAGCAGCAGGAUGGGCUGAGCUAGCCUCCAGCUUUGGGGACUUCCACUCCCUGGAUAUGUCCAGUCAUCCUGCCCUGCAGCACGCGGCCUUGUCUGGGUGCAGCUGGGCUUGGCCUGGAGAGGACGGCCCUGCCUGCCUCUUGGCCUCACGGGACCGUCAGCAUGGGCUUUGUCUUGGACUCUAGUCCUUGGCUGGACUGUAGAAGGUGAGAGGCGAGUCACCCUCCUCACAGACCUCUGCUUGGAGUAUUUAGGAUGACUGCUAUGAAAUGGAGAACAGUUUCAUCAGGACCAAAAAACCUCACUGGGCCUUUCCAGAGAACUGCAGACCUCACUGUCAGGCUCUUUCUGAUGACGCCUGUCUGUGUGCAUCAUGUUUCUGAGACCACAGUUUA